AUGUUUUCACAAUCAAUUCGUCGUCUUACACCGGUAUCUCUCCAAUUUGCUCGACUGCCCAUCAGUCGACGCACCUUCACCUCCACACAAGCCAUAUUGAACUCCCAGAAGCCAAGUGCCUACAAGGAAGGGAUGAAUCAAUAUCGGGCUUUCACCGGUCCCUUUGCCAAGGUCUUCUUGGGAGGCGUGUUCGUUUACCAGGUUCUUUACUGGACCUGGUUGAAGUUGGAAAUGGAUGAGACGAAGGUGCAGAAGAAUGAACAAGUGGCCGUAUUAGAGAAACAGGCCCGGGAGAUGACUGCCUCCCAGAAAUAA